UUGCUUAGCUCUCAGCCUGUUGUAGUUGCUGACCUGCACUGGCCUUCUAGCCAAUAAUUUACCCACAGUGGCUUGCUGAGAACCCAAACUAGUAAAACUCCUGUUGGUGGGUUGGCCAAAGUUCGCCUGAUAACUUUCCUUAGCAUGCAGAGGAGUGAGUGUCUGAGUCACAAAGCUUUUACGGGAGGGUUUAUCAUCAUACAGUAGUCUCUCCAGUGAUUUUAAAAGGUUUGGCUUGAAAUGACGACCCAGCAGCCCCCUCUCUCCCAGGAGAUUCUGGCUCAGUGUAACCAGCAGGCCAUGGAACCAUGGGGCUCCCGGAAGCUUCGCCAGAGCCGCCAAGGCUCCAUCUCCACCCUCCGCAGCUCCCUGUCUAGGGACCAGCAGCAGCAACAGCAGCAUCCCCGGUACCCUCUUCUACUCCCGAGGGGCUUCCUCCCUAUCGAGUCCUCAUCCAGGUGUCCCAAUAUCAGCAACCCAAACUCCCCUUUCAUACGCCGGGACUUGGUCGCCCUGACCAAGCGUUUUUCUUUUGGCGGUUGGCUUCAGGGCAGUCGGGCCAGUUUCUCUGGGUUGCCCCUCCAUCAGCCUGUCCAGCUAGAGAACACCUAUAAGACAGAACCAGAGAAGGGAUGUCUUUUUAAAGCCAGUAAGGUCCAGAAGCUUGUGCAAGCCAUGCUGGAUAGUUAUCUGGAUGGGGCCAGCUAUAACGCAGCCUCAGGCAGCCAUCUUAGCCAGAUUCUGUCAGACAUGGUGAAGAGCAAAGUGAAAGAGAUCAGUCCUCCGCGGUACAAGCUGGUGUGUCAGGUAGUGGUGGGGCAGAACAGGAACCAGGGUCUACGAGUGGCCAGUCGCUGUCUUUGGGACUCGCAACAUGAUGACUUUGCAGUUGCCAUGUUCCAAAACCAUUCUCUUUUCACGUUGGUCAUAGUCCAUGGAGUUUAUUGUGAGUGAGUCAUACGCACUGGCAACAACUAUACUGAACAAAAAUAUAAAUGCAACAUGUAAUGUGAUGGUCCCAUGUUUCAUGAGCUGAAACAAAAGCUCCCAGAAAUGUUCCAUAGGCACAGAAAGUUUAUUUCUCUCAAUUUUUGUGCAUACAUUUGUUGACAUCCUUGUGAGCAUUUGCCAAGUUAAUCCAUCCACCUGAUAGGUGUGGCAUAUCAAGAAGCAGAUUAAAAAGCAUGAUUGUUACACAGUUGAGGGAGAGCGCAAUUGGCAUGCUGACUACAGGUAUGUCCA